UGGCGCUGUUUACCAUGUGAAAACAUUUGUUUGUUUUGAUCUCUUCCUUCCCAUUCUACCUCUCCAACCCAUUUUCCUUCUUGAAACAACUCCAAAAUGACAUGACUAGUGAGAAAAGAACUUGAGAAAGAUUUUUGUCGGCCGAACAUUUAUAAUAACUAACUGAGUUCUUAUUCAUCCAGAAUGUCUGGUUCACAACUUCAAGACAUGAGCUUCGUUAUUACUGUAGUCGAUGCGCAGAAAAUCAACAUCGGCAGAUUCAAAAUGGCACCUGAUGGAAUGCUAUCAAAUGAUGACCUCUCAAUACAUGAAUCAACACAGACUGGAACUCAUAAUUCCCCUGAAGAGUUAGUCGACCCAAACACAUAUUUAGAAACAAUGUUAAUAUCCCAGUGCAAUGUUGGAUCAAACCAAACGGCCACAGUGAGAAAAGGCAAAACAGUACGAUGUACUUUAUCAAUGGAUCCAAUGUUAGCUUCAUGUUUAGUAACAGAAAUACAAAGAUCAAGCAACUUUGUCUUGAAAUUCAGACUUUUUGUUAUGAAGAAAUUGCCAUGGAGUGAACGGUCAGGGAGGAAAGUUUGUCAACAUUUUGAGAAUCCCAAAGAAGUAGAAGUUUGUGGUGCUGUCCGUGGUGAUGAGUGUUGUACAAUAUUUCUGUGCUUGAAGCUUCACAAAACAGCUCGUUACUUCAAAAUUGAUCCAGAUAUCAGAUGGAGUCAUCGAAUGCUACCACAGUGGAUGCAACGACUUCAGAUGGAGGAGUCCUUUUCCUGGCUGUCUACGUUGGGUGGGGCAUACUCGUCUCUUGGUGAUAAUAUGUACAACUGUGCCCUAGAAGCUGGUCGAGUAGCACUUCGUCAAUUGUACCUCGCUGAACGAAUGGAAGACCCAAUACUAAAGGCUCGAUGUCUCCUAUACAUUGCACUGAGUCUGAUGCAAAGAGGCAAACUGUUCAGAGCUAAACAACUUGUCAGGCAGCAGUUUAAAUUUGCUACUUCUAGACUGCAAUGUUCAGACAGUCGUCUGGUUAACAUGUGUCGUGGAAUCUGGCAUCAUCUACGCCAUCAUUACGCCAAGAGAAAAGAAACAUGAAUCCUCCUAUGACAGGCCAGAUACUUCAUAUGCCCCCUGGGUCAAUGCCUUCGUGCCCGGGAAAUGCUCCAGUAGAAAUUUACAAUUUCCUCAUAGGGUGCCCUUUGCUAAGGAGAAAAUGCCUUGGUGCCCUUGCCCUUUCAAAAACAAAGCAUAAACAAAGCACACUGAGAAUGCAGUGUUAUUGGUCAAGAGCUUUUAUUAUUUGCGACUUGUAGCCCAGGGCACAGGAAUGAUGUGGCAUUGUGUUAGUUACAUUAGUGAUAAAAUGUCUCUUACAACAAUCUAGAUUUUUUAUUAUUUGCGACUAGCCCAAGGUGUAGGAUGGAUGUGGCAUUUCGUCAGUUAAAGUAUUUAUUAUGAUGAAGUGCAUCAACUCCUGUUGCGAAAGGCUACUACAGCCAUGGAUUGGUGUAGUGUUUUGCAUCAAACUCAUAUAUUUACACAUAGUAAGAUGUUCUAUACAAGGCAGCGUACAAGGAGUUGUCAGAUCCGAGUUCUGAAUCCUUUCAUUAGUAAGGAAUCUUCCAGACUAUUCUUUAAUUGUUUGCGGUACUGGCUGCUACGUGCCUAUUCAUCACCGGGCACACGCCGUUAAGACAUCUGCGUUAGAAUGCAGGGGGGUGGACAGUGCCUAGAAUGCAGGGGGGGGGGUGGAUAGUGCCUAUAUCAGGCCGGGAGCUAAUUUCACAAAGAGCUAAAAUUGAUCUUUACUCAAAAUCGAUGGCAGUUGGCAAGUAAAUGUGUCACAAUACAAAUCACCAUGGUAGUACUGACAAUUUGUCUUGGGUGCAUUCGAUUAGCUUCCCUGGGUCGACCC